UAGACAGCAAAGGGAUCGAAUAACACAGAACACUGUCUUUCCCAGCCAGCGGCUAGCCAGGCGUUACUGAGACAGGAACGACAUACCACACGGGCUAUCUGUUUGCCACGACAUCACAGCGACGACUCACAGAUGUACCCUCGCUCACCGUGGCGCGAAGCUCAACAUUUUCACUCACGCUAUAAUAAUCUUCAGGACGGGCUUCCAUAUUGCAACUUGAGGUGAACACAGAUGGACCGGAAACUAGACGACUCGCUUCAGAUACUACCAUCAUGUACAAGCCCAAACCUGGAGAUUGAGGAGGCCUGUGUCAACACCUGGUGCUGCCACCUAGCGGAAGAUGGAAGACUUGUCAAUCAGAACUCAUCUAAACCAGUGCAUGACGGGAAGGUCGUGUUAUCAAAACACUCGAGCAGCAGGGGAGACAACGUUUCCUGGGCACGUGACAGAGACAAACGCCCGUCUUCUCCUUUCAUGUUGAAUACCCAAAACACAUACCGUUUCCCGAGCAGUCCUGGGUUAUCUCCCUUCUCGACCGGAAGUGAUUACAAGCGAGAGAUGACGUCAUCGUAUCGAGGCCGACAUUCUCCACUACCAGAUGUCUUCCGUUACGAUGAUGGAAUGACGUCUCAUGACCCCACAUCCGGAUAUGUGUCGCCGUUGAAGACCUCUCGCCAGCGUCCCCCACGACUGAAGAUCUACCCAGGCGCCCUAGCGUCGUCCAGUCUUCGAGGUUUUGGUCAGCGCUACUGGCAGGUGGAGGCAACCUGCAACCUCAAAGUCCAUCUGUACGGCUUGCCAGUGUUCGAAGCUGGCGUCUCAUUAGCCGAAGCGGCCGACACGAGCGGUCUUGUAGACGUAGCUGGCAAAACAUGGCUACUAAGACUGACUACAUGCUAUGAUCACCCAGAUCACGUGUGUGUCAGGGCUGUCAACGGCUGUCGCCCUUUGUGUCAUUUCCCUGUGAAAGAGUGUAGAAAAAACGAGACCUUCACGCUCAAAUAUGGCUUCCUGUUGAACUUUGACCGGCGGGAGCUUGUUGUGAUAGACCUUGCCAGGAUGGAUGUUCUGCACGUGUUUGAGAACGUUGACACGUCACGUGACCUGUGGCCCGUGUUCGGCGUGUUCAGUCGACACCGGCAUCACGUGCAACUUCGUCUGGUGUCGGGAAAACACCUGCGGCUUGAGAGUGCGGUGUCCGCUAUCAUUUCCAAGAUGAUUAACAGGCAGACGGAUGAACAUUCACAGAACUCUUUUUUUGCAACCAGCUUUCGCUAAUCAAUUCACCAAAGCCACGAUCUAUAAAGCGUUGCUUGUUUCUCACCUAACGCCGCACUCAGAAAUAUUCCGGCAAACAAACAAAGCAAACAAACAAACAAACAAACAAACAAACAAACAAACAAACAAACAAACAAACAAACAAAAUAGAACAAGCAAACUGUUGCCAGUAUAAGUGAGAAACAAUAAAUGUUGUCAUGUGUAACUGUCUGCAACAUGAAGUCUCACAAGACGGACUCUAAUUAAUCUAUCUUGACCAGAACACAAGAAAACGCCUCUACUCCGUGGUCGUCGUCUCAGGACCUCCAUGCUGUCAUGUUAGGAACGGAUUAUGUGUCUUGGUUGGCACUGAGGUCCACUGUCAACCCAGGGGACACAAGGACAAUCAUCUAGGGAAACACCUUUCUUUUAGUCCAAAACCUAAUGAGAGCUAUGGUAAAAGUAACGUCCACAUGUUGACAACAGUGGUUGUGCUACGCCCGUUAUGUGCACGCGAACCUCGGUAGGGCAAAGAGACGCGACCCCUACCAUGAUGCAUUAGUCACCACUGUCCCCUUGUCCCGCAACGUGUCGGUCACCAGCGACUAUGAUGGUUCCGUGUUGGUCACCAGUGAUUGUGAUGGUGCCAUGUUAGUCACCGAUGAUCGUUGUUUCGGCAAAACGCUAUUGAACAGCAGAGUCCGUAACAGCUUGAGUAAUGUACAAUCUCAGUAGAACAGCAGAAUCCGUAACAGCUUCAGUAAUGUACAAUUUCAGUAGAACAGCAGAGUCCGUAACAGCUUCAGUAAUGUAAAAUCUCAGUAGAACAGCAGAAUCCGUAACAGCUUCAGUAAUGUACAAUCUCAGUAGAACAGCAGAAUCCGUAACAGCUUCAGUAAUGUACAAUCUCAGUAGAACAGCAGAGUCCGUAACAGCUUCAGUAAUGUACAAUCUCAGUAGAACAGCAGAAUCCGUAACAGCUUCAGUAAUGUACAAUCUCAGUAGAACAGUAGAGUCUGAAUAACCUCAGUAACGUACAAUCUCAGUACAUCAACUUAACGUGAAUAGUUGAUCAAUAUGCCAGUUUCUUAUAUAACCGUGGGCGAGAACCCCAUGGGAAAAAAAAACAUAUUUGGAGAUCGAGGUCCAUGCCCGUGAUUGGCUACUCCAUGGUGAUGACCUAGGGUCAGAUUAUAACGGACUACUUUCCUGAUGAAAAUUAAGUGAUAAGUUACUCACGGUUUAAUCAACUGCAGAUCUGUUACUCGUGUCAAAAACUUUCAUCGCUGUAUACCUUUCACUUACAUUGUGUGUACCUUGUAAGUAACUACAUAUUCAUGAAAAAACUAAACUUAGAGUAUCUA